AAGAAACAUUGUCAGAUGAAAACAAGUGCAGUCGUUUUUCUCUGUUUGUCCGUCACUGAUCGUUUUGUUUAUCCGUUCGUAGAUAGAAAGUAUUCUAUGUGCGUUUGCUCGAAUUAGGUAGACGAGGCUGAGACCUAGGUAGUGUGUAGCUAUAUUAGUCUUAUAUUUUAUUAGCAUGAAGUAUCUAAGCAGGAAAAUUCCCAGCAAGACUUUGCUGGUCUACAUCCUGUUCCUUCUGUCAAUAUAUACUUACAAUGAGGUGUACCAGUAUCAUUCGAAGAAGUGGAACCAGCUGGACUGCAAGCAGAAAUGCAACAGGAUUUUGCUUGUUGCUGACCCGCAACUCAUUGGACUUAAGAAUGAGGUGUUGCACUUCUUGACACCCCUUACUAUUUGGGAUAGUGAUAGGUACCUAAGAAAAACCUAUGAAGAUGUCUACAAAUUCACCGAGCCGGACAUAGUGAUCUUCUUGGGAGACCUAUUUGACGAGGGCUCUACAGCAACCAACUCAGAGUACAAAUCUUACGCUGAUAGAUUCUUUAAUGUGUUCAAUAUACCGUCCAAUUUCGCUAAAACUAUUUACAUUCCUGGUGAUAAUGAUAUUGGUGGCGAGGGCUACGAGAUAGUCAAAGGAGAUAGUCUCAUGAACUUCGAGGAUGUAUUUUUCCAGCAGGAUGUACUCGAUGUAGGGACGAACACGUUUUACAAGAUAAACAGAUUGACUAAGACAUGGCCUAAGAUGCAGGAGGAUAAGGAAUUUUAUAAGGUUGAUAAAAUUCGUAUAGGUUUGAGCCAUGUACCGUUGAUCUUUCAGCCGGGAGGUUUCGUGGAAAAGGUAAUCCGUAAUCUUGAACCGCAUGUGAUCUUUGCGGCGCACGAACAUAAAUCUAUGAUCGUAACGAUGGAUGGAAUUCUGCAAACGGUCAGAAAACUUAUACCAGUUUCUGAAGAGGACAACGACGUGUACACCUUCACUUUGGGUAUGACCGAUAUGUACGAGUUCGUCGUACCUACUUGCUCUUACCGCAUGGGAACCAAACGUAUUGGAUAUGGAUUUGCGACUAUCGAAAAUGGAGAAAUCAACUACACCGUCCUCUGGUCCCCAUCCAGACUAGAUCAGCUCAAGAAUUACGCCUGGAUCGGAGGGCUUUCGUUGAUAUAUUUCUUGUACAGAUGCAUCGUCAGCGCUUGCAAAUACUGCUGCAAGAAAACCAAAAGCUCCACCUCGUCUACGCCCUCCUACAUAAAAAUCGAGAACCGAGAGAAUUGACGUUCCUUUUUUUAAUAUUAUUAUUUCCUUUUUAUUUUGUCCAGAGAUAAUUGACGUUUAUUUUUUUUAUUAUUAUUAUUUUGUCUUCGUUCCAUAGCAAAACUCUUUUUAAAUAAUGGAACGAAAUUUUUAGGAGACAAAAAGGGACGUUCGCCGGAGAAUGAACGCCCACCUCAUGUUGCUACAUAAACAUGAAGUCUCCACAUCAAUCCUAUUUGUUUUAUAUAAUAAUAUUGUGUGCGUUUUAAAAUAUUUACAAUUUCUGGAUACUAUUGCUAUGCGAUGCGGACUAAUUGACUAAUGGAUCUGAAGAUAUGAAUGUUUACAUUUCAUAUUGGCUUUUUAUUAAUGAAAGCUUUCGUGUUUUUCGUGUGUGUUUGUGCUUUUAAAAAAAAAGUGAUUUUUCGUGUUACCAGAUCUGAGAUGAUUUAGCGUCUUGCAUAAGUAUUAUUUUAAUUUUGUCGUGUGUUUAUUGUCUUUCAUCGAUGUUUUUUGUGCUUUGUCGUGUGUUUUGUCUAAUCCAGUGGUUUCCAAACUGUUCGUCACUACACCCCCACCCGUU